AUGCGCUACGUCGUCUCCGACAAAGUCGAACAAUCCGGCUUUUGUGGGUCGAUGCUAUCUGCAUCAAUCAGAGCGAUGUACACGAAAAGAAUACCCAGGUUGCACGAAUGGGCGACAUAUACGCUAAGGCCAAAGAGUGUCGUGAUUGAUCUUGGUGAAGCGACAGAGGCAACAGACCAAUCGAUGGACUACUUGAUGCAGAUUGAGGAGAGGGGAAUAUCGCAAAUCCCUCCGAUGGUUAAAUUCUCUGAGGUCAAUGGUAGAGAGGACGACUUAAGGCUUGAAGAAGGGUUUCGAGAUAUUCUAUCCAGACCUUGGUUUCAGAGGGUAUGGUGUCUCCAAGAUGUCUUCCACGCCCAAGCCGCAGUUGUGCAUUGCGGCUCCAAAGCUGUGUCUUCAAUGACCUUCGCCCGCGCCUCCAAAUUAUGGCUGGACAAGCCAGACGGUCUAUCACACCAGCGGUUUCAGCACGCAAAAGCGACAGACCCACGAGACAAGAUCUAUGCACUUUUGGCCAUGGUCGACGAUGGGAAUUCGAUUAUGAGGAUCUUCAAGGACUAUUCCAUGUCUCAGCAAGAUUUGAUGCGUGCAGUUAUCGCGAAUCUCUGCUUCUGUGAGUGGAGUAGUGUGCCUGAGCUUCCAUACAAUACGAUCGACGAAUUCUUGUCGAACCUUGAUCCGAUCGAUAAUGGCGUCCUGGAGAAGAUUUUUGAGUCGUCACAGGAAAUCGAUUUGGAGUCCCUACUUCGACAUGGAUUGCACUAUAUCAGAAUUGACCGCUUUCUUGUUGAAGCUGCGAGCAGGAAUAAGACCAAAGGCAAUGAGAUGGUUGAGCUUCUUCACAAAGCAAUUGGCCAGGAGAGAUCAGCUUCCCCAACUCCAUCAGAAGCGACAUCAGUAUUUUCGGACGUCUCUGCGCCCUCGACAAACACUUCGUAUACGCCCGAGGAUGUUGAGAUCUCUGUUUGGCACGUGGUGGAAAUACUGCUAAGCAAAGAUGCCUUCGCUGAUCUAUGUCAGAGUGGUUUUCAUAGCAAGGACCUAGAGCCGGCCAGAUUCGCCGAUAAUUUACGGCGCAUGUUGAAGACCUUCGGCAGGGCACUCCUAAUUGAAGCUCAAUCUUACAGUGCUCGGCUUAUAGCGCUGCUGAUCCUUGAGGGUUCUCGCCGUAUGGCGGCGUUAAUCAGAGUCCGGUAUGAUCGGAGCUAUGAGUUUGUCGGCUCAGAAUUGAUUGAUUCCAACGUAGCAUCCAUGACAGUAACUGAAAGGCGAUCUCGAAUCGACAAUUUUAUUCAGCAGCUCAAUUCAGCGGACACUGAGACGGCCAAACAAUCUCGAGAUACGACCGAGAGGAAUAGCGAUUCAGAGGACGAUUCAGACACCAUCUUGGAUGAAGAGGCAGCUACGGUCUCUUCGCUUGACGAGAUUGAGAAUUUUAUCCCGUCCAGUCAAGCUUUCAAAGGUCUGCUAGAGACUCUCACAUCGUUCUUGAAGCGUCCAAAGUUUCAAGACGUAUCGCCCUCAAUGGCUGUGCUGAACCAUGUACAAUCCCAGUCUACGGCUACCAAUCCACUCGCAUGA